CGAGGGCAUAAAGCCAGACCGAAUUUUGCUGACAGCCUCUUGUGGGAGUCACUGCUCGAUCGCUCUUUGUUUUUUCUUCGGCCACAAACCCCAAGUUUCUCGCGACAGCACUCAAAUCGUCUGACGGCCGACCCUACCCCAGUCGACAAUCAAUCUUCCUCAUCUCUGCCACUUCUUUUCCGCCCGCGAUGACGACGCCGAUCCAAGCGCAGACGCCUGUCUCGACCCCGCCUGUUCCCCACGGUGUCGGGAACCCUGCAGGAACACCCGUCGUCGCGCCGACCCGUACAAAAGAUAAAGAUGGUGGUGCAAGUGGAGGUCUGGGUACCUUCGGGGUCAAGUCCGGGCUCGCGCAGAUGCUGAAGGGCGGAGUUAUCAUGGAUGUCGUUAACCCUGAGCAAGCCCGCAUAGCCGAGGAGGCCGGAGCGUGUGCAGUCAUGGCCUUAGAGCGUGUACCCGCGGACAUCCGCGCAGAAGGCGGCGUGGCGCGUAUGAGCGACCCCAGCAUGAUCAAGCAAAUCGUGGACGCCGUUACCAUCCCAGUCAUGGCGAAAGUGCGGAUAGGACACUUCGUUGAAGCACAGAUUCUCCAAGCUAUUGGCAUUGACUAUAUCGACGAGUCCGAGGUCCUGACGCCCGCAGAUGAAGAACACCAUAUCAACAAGCACGCAUUCAAGGUGCCCUUUGUAUGCGGUGCCCGUAACCUCGGUGAAGCGCUUCGUCGGAUUUCUGAGGGCGCCGCGUUCAUCCGCACAAAGGGUGAGGCGGGCACCGGCAAUGUCGUAGAGGCGGUAAGGCACCAGCGGUCGGUCAUGAGCGAGAUCCGGAAGGCGAGCGUGAUGAGCGAGGAAGAGCUCUACACGUAUGCCAAGGAGAUCCAGGCGCCUUUCCACUUACUCAAGGAGACUGCGCGGCUGAAACGUUUGCCUGUGGUAAACUUCGCUGCAGGUGGCAUUGCAACUCCUGCGGAUGCGGCUCUUAUGAUGCAGUUGGGAUGUGACGGUGUAUUUGUGGGUUCAGGCAUCUUCCACUCUGAGAACCCGGCGAAGCGCGCCCGGGCCAUCGUUCAGGCUGUCACGCACUUCAAUAAUCCGAAAAUCUUGGCGGAGAUCUCUGAGGACCUGGGACCUGCGAUGGUUGGACUUACUAUCGAUGACAACCUGAAGGGAGGCAGACUUGCUGGGCGCGGGUGGUAGCCAGCGUAUCCGCCACCGCAUGUUUGUAUCCCUCUCUGCGAUGUCACUUCCUUACAUGAUAUUGGGAGAACGAGGACACAAGAAAAGUGAGCAAGGUGGUGUAGUCUUUGCAAAUGUAACUCUCUAGACAAGAAUGUGACAUUACUGUACUCG